AUGUUCGCCCUCUCAGAAGAGUCAAAGGUACGGCGAGCACGACACGACGACAGUGGCCGAGGACAGAAAGAUUGCACGAGUGACGACAGUGCUGACAUGGGGUUCUUUGGUUGCUGGUUCAGGAGCGCAUCAGCCGGCUCAUUGACAUCUCGCGCGUUGUCAUCCACUAGCUACACUCGCAGCGAGCCCCGGCCAUCGGUCAUCCGGUAA